AUGGUCCCCUUCGCCGUGGUAAGCGGCAUCCUCCGCUGGUUGAUCCUGGCCAGUACUUGCGUGGGUCUCGCGCUUGGAUCACUGGACAAGACUCUACGCUAUGCUAACUACACCUGCUGCGAUAGUCAGCUGUGCACGUGGUGGCAUAGCACUGGAGAAGUCAAUACGCUGGCAAGAGUAGCAAAUGCAAAUGUCCGUCAAUCUCGGAAGUACCUGGUACAAGUCAGCAACGCAGGAAGAAAUCAAUACCAUAACUCUUUCGUCUAUGAGUCCAUACCUCGAAAUGGAAAUGGCAGAAUCUAUUCGCCAUGGGAUCCGCCAUACACUGAGACGAUGCCUGAUCACGAAGACGACGGAAUCAGCAUUGAGCUUGAUGGCGGCAUCAAUAUGGCCUGGUCGCAAUUUGAGUACGCCUCUGAUGUGGAUGUGAAGAUUCUCAGUCGAGAUGGAAGCAGCUUAGGUCCCACAUCAGAAGUCAAGGUCCGACCGCGAUCACUGUCAUUCGAUAUGACUACUUCAAACGAUGGCGGCAUCAUCAUUCGCGUACCAGCCAAUACAAAAGGCUACAGAUUUUCUGUGGAAUUCGACGCCGAUCUCUUUACUUAUCGUUCUGAUGGUCGGCAAUAUGUGUCGUCCGGUGGCGAGGUUGUGGGCGUCGAGCCUACCAACGCCCUGAUGAUUUUCGCCAGCGCCUUUCUACGCAAAGACCUCAUCCCUUCAGUGCAGGAUUCCGACACCAUAGUCAUGCAGCCUGGCCCGAUCAAUCAAGGCGACUGGGGCUCCUCUGGCGUACUCUACUUCCCUCCAGGUGUAUACUGGAUGGAUUCGAACCUUCUCGGUGUACAAGGCAGAAUAGGCGAGAACCAUAUCCGACUACAUCCAAACACAUAUUGGGUGUAUCUAGCUCCAGGCGCGUACGUUAAAGGAGCCAUUGAGUUUUCAACCAAGGAGGACUUCUACGCCACUGGCCAUGGGGUGCUCUCAGGCGAGCACUACGUCUAUCAGGCCAACUGGGCGGCAGACUAUCGAGGACUGAAGUCAGAUGGCACCAGCCUUCGAUUAUGGCUACAUCAAAACCUGAGCCAUGAUCACCAAACCUGGACUUGUGUUGGCCCUACGAUCAAUGCUCCUCCAUUCAACACCAUGGACUUCAUUGGCAGCGAUAACAUCUCCGUCGAGAUCUCGGACUACAAACAAGUUGCGGCAUUCUACUAUCAGACAGACGGGCCACAGGUCUACCCCAAUAGCCAUGUCCACGACGUCUUCUACCACGUCAACGACGACGCCAUCAAGACUUAUUACUCCGACGCCUUGAUCGAAAGAGUUAUAAUCUGGAAAUGCCACAAUGACCCCAUCAUCCAAAUGGGCUGGGACUCACGCCGAGUCACUGGUGUGCAGAUCAGUGACCUUAGCAUCAUCCACACACGAUACAAGAAAUCAGAAACUGGUGUGCCGAGCGCCGUCAUCGGCGCUUCACCCUUCUACAAAAGUGGCAGAGAACCUGAUUUGACAAAGUAUAUCAGCAUGAAUAUUACGAACAUCGUCUGCGAGGGGAUCUGUCCUGGAUUGAUGCGGAUCACGCCUUUGCAGAACUUUGUGGAUUUCAACAUCCAGAACAUCAUCUUUCCAGACGGUCUGCCGACGGGGCAUAUCGGCCUUGGUCAGAGUAUUGUCCCUGGUGGAUCAGGAGUGAGAUUCGAUGUACAAAUUAGCGACUGGACUGUGGGAGGUCAGAUGGUUACCAUGGACAAUUAUGGAGUCGACUCGUUGGGCCAGCUGCACAUUGAUGAGAGCUACGACGGGCAAUGGAAGAUACGUGAUACAGGGAGGCCAUUGAUGGAGUGUCAGGUCUCGGAGAAGUAUGUCAGGAUACAUGAUGUCUUGAGGCUGUGA